UAAACAUCAUGGUCUAUGAAUCAUCAUAUGAAAGUGGGCGGCAGCCCUUCUUGCCCGAUACCAAACGCGGCAAUUGGUUGAGUCCUCAGGAUUUUAUAUAUGCCGGCAUUAGUUUGGUAUUUCGAAUUGAUAUUAUUUCAAUGUCAUUAUUUGCAUCAUUUGAUACUGGAGUGCUGGUAUUUAUUCCAAUAUAUCUCUUGGGUAUGGCUAUCUACACUGUACCGCUGAUGGUAUUGCAAUCGUAUAUGGGUCAAUUUUCCAGCAGUGGAUUUAUAUCGGCAUUUCGUCUAUCACCAAUAUUUAAAGGUAUUGGUUAUGUUUCACUUAUUACGAACAUUUUCAUUCUGGCCUAUCACAGUAUAUUUGCCAUGGUACCGCUGCUCUAUAUGUUCGUCUCAUUCAAUCCCACUUUACCAUGGAGUUGUGAUGGUUUUAAGACAUGGGCACAAAAUCUAACCGAAAGUGAGGAAAUUAAUCUCUGCAAUGUCUACAUCCGCAAUGAAACCGAACCAUCAAUGAGUGCAAAUGAUACCAGCAAUGAGACAUCUUCUUAUGUGUUUAUCAAUCACCAUAUACCAUCGGUAUUGUAUUUUCAAUACCUUUUCCAUGACCUGAAAGUAUUUCACUAUGAUGACUUUGAAUUUUCCAUGAGCUGGCAACUGAUAUUGUGCGCACUAAUGGUGUGGGUCAUUAUCGGUGUAAUUGUUUAUAAAUUCUUUCAAACCGAAGUGAUAGGCACCAUUGUCCGCUAUUCUGUAAUGCUGGUACUUGGACUAAUGUGUUUCUUCUUGAUUGGCUUUAGUUUUCUACCGGGGACGGGGAAUGUAUUUCGUUAUUCAUUUACGAUGCAUUGGCGUGAUAUUUUACCGGGUAUUAUUACAACUCCCAUGCAUGGUAUGUCGGUAUUUGGACCGGGUUGGGGUAUUUAUCUAACACUUUCCAGUUUCAAUAAAUUUCGAACAAAUGUCGUUAAACAAAGUUGUCUGAUUGCUCUGGGACAAUUUGUGGUUUAUGUCGGCAUGGAUUUUUUGAGAAAUUUAAGUGAUACGUUCUUUUAUGAAAAGACAAACUGGAGUUAUUACGCCAAUGUGGAACAUAUGUGGAUUCUGUAUUUGUCAGGUGGUAGUGUUUUGACACAUUUCCCUUGGGCCAAUUUGUGGUCUAUAUUGUUCUAUUUUAUGCUGUUCUGGUCGAGUAUGUUAUUAAUGAUCUGUGGCUUCUUUAUAGCCCAUUAUGAACAUCAAAUAACAUCAUCCGCUAUCGAUGGACUGGUCAUAGUUUUCACAGUUAUUCCUUGGCUGGGUAUACCAGGAUUUGCCAUUUAUCAAAUGUCCCGCUCAAUGGGUUCGUUUAAAACACGCUUCCUACGAUGUUGCCGUCCCACAGAUUGGUUCCCCAUUGAAACGGAAGAAAAAGAAAAAUAUGAACAACUUGUUGGCAGUGUGGAAAUAACUUAUACCCUGAGUGAACUGAAAGAUGAAGAAGUCAUUUGA